AUGGAACCUGAUCCCAACAUCAUCGCCAUCUUCGGUCCACCUUCAGACGGCCUCGAUAUCUCAGAAAGCAGUGUCGCUCGCAACAAUGCCGCCGUCAUAAUCUUGGCCGUACUGGCGUCUGUCGCCGUGGUAUUACGGCUGAUGGCCAGGUUUCUUCAAGGUCACAGUCUGAAGGCGGAUGAUUGGACAAUUCUUCUCUCCUUGCUUCUCGUGGGCGCCACAGUCGGCCUAAGCAUCGCAGGCGGUGCCUACGGCGCAGGGAACCACGUCUGGUCAUUCACACCUCAAAACCUGACACAAGUCUUCAAAAUCCUCUACGCCUAUACCUUCAUCUACGGCACGGCCUGCGCCGCCACCAAAAUCUCCAUCCUCCUCUUCUACCAACGCAUCUUCCUCCUCUCCACCGCCUCCUCCACCUCAUUCAAGUUCUCCCUCAUAGCAGGCUACGUCCUCUCCGCCGCCUACCCCAUCAUCAUCUGGGCCACCAUGGUCAACGCGUGUCGCCCCCUCUCGUUCUACUGGAACCAGUUCGUGGGCGAAAACGGGACAUGCAUCGACAUUAAUACCUUUUACCUCGCCCUCGCCAUCAUCAACAUGGUCAACGACAUCAUCGUCCUCUUGAUUCCCAUCCCACAGAUCCUAAAGCUGCAAAUGUCAGGGAGGAAGAAGGCUGCUGUCUGUAGUAUCAUGUUGCUGGGAAGUUUCGUCUGCGUAGCAAGCAUAGUCCGCAUAACUUACCUCUCAACCUUCUCCCGCGCCCUCGACAUCACAUGGCAAAUGGGCCCCGUCUUCAUCUGGUCCGCAAUCGAACCCUCCAUCGCAAUCGUAUCCGCCUGCCUCCCGCACCUCGCGCCCCUCCGCCGCCUCGUCCGCCACAAAAUCUCAUCUUCCCUGGGCCACUCCAGCAGCAAUGCUGGAGGUGGAGUUGGAGGUGGGCCCUCGUCCAACAGCGCGCCAUGGAGGCUAAAGUCGAAGCAGAGCGCCAGCGGAGGAAAAAACAGCAGCUCGCAAAGGGGGACGGGCGGCGCCAUGUUCAAGUAUGGCGGGUCGAGAUUCAAUUUUGGUGGUGGAGGGGGCGACGGCAAGUUGGGCGGGGAGUCGGACGACGAGAUCGGACUGACGAAUCGUAUCACGGCUGGGUCUGGCGGUGUCAAGAAUCUGUCUACUAGGUCCGGGUCCGAGGAGAAUAUCAAUGGAGGGUCAAUUGUUGUGCAAUCGAGCUUCGUUCAGGACAGUAUGAGGAAUUCGAGAUAG